AUGAGAGCUACACGAAGGCUGAAUGUCCUGUCUCGGGGCUUCCCCGCAAAUCCCUGCAUCCUCUCUCGCCGACCAGGUGCUCAGCUCUACCUACCUUCAAAGACCGUUCGUUUGAACAGCUCCAGCCCAGGAGACCGGAGGGAGAAUAAAGCUCAUGACCCGAGCUCUGGAUCAUCAAAAGGGAGUUCGUCUUCCUGGGUUACGGGCCAAACAAUUCUCCUCUCCACCCUCGCUGCUGGCAUCGGCUAUGGCCUCGCCGCGUCUCAAUCAACCCAAACCAGAGAGACCGGGAUUCCACAAUACGGGACCGCAAAGGACUUUGAGAAGGCCAUUGCUGAGUUACGAGCCAAACUCGGAGAAGAGGCAAUUGUGACCGACGAAGAUGAUCUGCUACGACAUGGUUUCUCUGAGUGGUCGAGCUUGAACGCAGAUCGACUACCGGUCGCUAUUGCAUACCCAUCCACUACGGAGGAAGUGUCUGAGAUUGCGAAAAUCUGCUACGCAUACAAGAUGCCAAUCGUGCCAUACUCUGGUGGCUCCAGCCUCGAGGCUAAUUUUUCGGCUCCUUAUGGCGGAUUGACCAUUGAUUUCGCAAACAUGAAUCAGAUUAUACAACUACAUGAAGCAGACAUGGACGUCGUUGUUCAACCAUCGAUCCAAUGGAUGGAACUGAAUGAAAAGAUCAAGGACAGUGGCCUAUUCUUUCCCGUGGAUCCGGGCCCAUCUGCUAUGAUAGGAGGCAUGGUUGGGACCAACUGUAGUGGAACGAAUGCUGUGCGGUAUGGUACCAUGAAGGACUGGGUCAUCAACCUUACGGUGGUUCUGGCAGAUGGCCGGGUGAUUCAGACUCGCCGGCGGCCCCGCAAGACAUCAGCUGGAUACAACCUAACGGGGUUAUUUGUCGGCUCUGAAGGGACGCUUGGUAUUGUCACCGAAGCUACGCUUAAGCUCGCUCCAAUCCCGGAGGAGACUCGUGUUGGCGUCGUCGCCUUCCCAACAAUUCGUGAUGCUGCAUCCACUGCCAUGCAGCUCAUAAGGAAAGGAAUCCCCGUGCAGUGCAUGGAAAUCCUUGAUGAUGUCCAGAUGGAUGUCAUCAAUCAGGCGGGUGGCACGGGAAGGAUAUGGAAGACAUUACCCACACUUUUCUUCAAAUUCUCAGGCACCAAGGCCGGCGUUGCGGACAGUAUCAGUCUGACUAAAAACCUCUCAAAGAGCAAUAACGCUGAGUCUUUUGAGUUUGCAAGGUCAGAGAGAGAAGCGCAUGACCUGUGGUCUGCAAGAAAGCAGUCACUCUGGAGUAUGAUGGCUCUGAGGAAAGAAGGAUCUGAAGUGUGGUCUACAGACGUCGCAGUUCCGAUCUCAAGGCUGCCGGAUAUAAUUGAAAUCUCAAAGACAGAGCUCGACGACCUUGGCCUGUUUGCAAGUAUCCUUGGGCAUAUCGGCGAUGGUAACUUUCACGCUAGCAUUAUGUAUGACCCCAAGAAUCCGGAAGAGAAAGCGCGUGUUGAGAAGGUGGUAUAUGACAUGGUUGACCGCGCACUCGACAUGGAGGGAUCCUGCACGGGCGAGCAUGGCGUCGGUUUAGGGAAGAAGUCGUCUCUCAGAAAGGAGCUUGGUCCUGAGACAAUUGGGGUGAUGCGCAGUGUCAAAAAAGCAUUUGACCCUUUCUGGCUGCUUAAUCCAGGGAAGAUCUUUGAGUUCAAAGAUGAAUAG